GGUCGUUCAUACAGUCUGUGCCUGGUCGUGUAGACGUGCGCGCGUAUUCAUAAUUUGAAUUUCGACCGCGUUCUCUUCUACAUUCGAAUUUGACGUUACUAAAAUAAAUAGUGAUUGUGAUAAAUUAUAUUAUUAAUGUUUUUUAUGUUAAACUAUAUUUGAUAAAAUAUUUUUUGAUAAAAUGGCGGCAGUGAGGUUUUCGGUGCUAGUUUUGCUUUUGGUCCAGCAAGUUUUCGCAGUUUACCGCGAUUGUUCGGAUUUUGAUAGUUUAAAAAAUUGCAACGAAUGCAUCCGAUGCGGGGGACACUGGUGCAACGAUCCGAAUGAGGAGCAACGCUGCACCACGAUGCGGUACGAUAAUUGGUGUACAGGGAAACAAGAAAAAUUAAAGUUCUUGACUAACGUCGAUGAAGAUGGAACAUUCGUCCAGCCGAAAUAUCGAGUUAGGACGCUCACAAUUGGAAUGGACGAUCGAUUUGACAUCAGCUACCCGUCCAAGUCUAAGGAACCGAAGGUUGAGAUAGUCGUCAAUACAACUCAGACAUCAAACUUCCAAGUUUCAAAUAAGACCAGCUGCUACGAUUCAACCUGCACCACUACCAUCAAAGCAAACCCAGAAACAAACUUCUGCGCCGCUAACGGUGGCAUAUCCGAAUACUUCCACGUCAAGCUGUCAGUCGAAGGUAUUAAAGAAGAGGUAGUGACGAAGUUCCAUGUUCCCUGCGCGUGCGCAUGUAGUGCGAAAGUGGAGGAAAGAUCGCCGGUAUGCAAUGGAAGGGGCAGUUUGUCAUGUGGAGUCUGCACUUGUAAUGAAGGAUGGAAAGGAGCAUUCUGUGAAACACCAAUUUGCGAAGUGAAGCGUGGAGAUGUUCCCUGCACGGACUCGAGUAGAGAUAAUAUCGAGUGUUCGGGGAACGGUGUGUGCGGUCCUUGCGACAAGUGCGAGUGUUUCACCGACAGAGAGGGUUCCCGAUACUUCGACAAGGAUAACUAUUGCGCCGACAUUUGCAUGACGAUUAACGAUUGUGACGACUGCUUCCUUAACCCAAUCCCUGGCAGGUGUCAGACGUGUCACUUCGCGUUGUUCAGACAGAACUACAAUGAGACGUUAAUGACACAAAAGGAUGACUUCAAUAGACACGUGUGGGUCAGAUGCAAUGGUAGUAUUGACGAGUGUUACUACGAGUACGCGGCGAUGAGAGAUGAAUACGACGAGACCUUCUUCAUGGUCACUAAGUCAUGCGAUCCCGUGCAAGAGAGACGAGCUGGUGCCGUCAGUCUGACCCUGCCGAUAGUCCUCGGAGUUAUCGCCCUGGUGGUAGCGGCAGCAGCCACUGUUGGUUACAUGAUGUGGAAGAACCGUCCCCCACCCGUUCCCAUGGCCGACCCCAUGUACCAGAACAUCGACGCUGAGGACUGCACCGGAGAGAAUCCACUAUACAAGCCACCCACGUCUUCCUUUAAGAACCCUACGUACGGCAAAUGGUAGUCAGAUGUUACCUGAAUCAUCGUGAACCUUGAGACCAUGGGGUCAACGGGACGAAGGGGACACAAAUCGGCCCCGAUGUCCCGUUUCGCUACCCAUUCCAACACUGCCUGUGAUCAACACGGUAUGAUGAAGAAAUUGGAUUCGUCCGGUGUCACCGUCGCUAUCUGUAACUAUAUAUGUAUAUCUUUAUAGUAAUAGUGCGUCUUAUGUAAUGCCUCUGUGAUAUUUAAGAUGAUUAAGUAAUAAGUGUUAUAGGUUUUGAUGACUCACGCGCUAUCGUGUGUUUUGAUUAGUAAUCUCGCGGUUGACGCACGGCAGAAUAAGGAGUGUGACCUUAAGUUUUCACACCUGCCGUGGUACAAGAAAUAUAUAUAGCUUUUGUAGAUAAGUAGGGCCUAAAUUAUUUAUCGACUUCUGUGAAUGUAGAGACGUUUACAAAUGACUUCAUUUUAUCCGUUAUCUCAUGUUCUUUAAGUGUGUACUCGAACAUGUAAUGGAAAAUGCUUUUGGCCAUUUAAAUUGAUCUCAUAAAAUUCCGUUUGAAAUAUUAAAAAAAAAGUAAAAAAUAUUCCAGAGUCGAUAAAUAUAGAACUGAUACUGUGCGUUGUAUUAAUUUAUCGUAGUAACCAUUUUGAUAUUAUUAAAAAUUUAAAAAAUUACAUUUUUGUAGUCAAUUGAAAAUUAUCUGCCAAUAUAGAUCUUACUGCCCAAGUGAAAGUACAAGGAAAGUAGGAUAUUGUACUGAUUUUUACAUGUAAUGCCCGUGGGUGUGAUACACAUCUCGUGGGCAGAAUCUCUGCUCCAACGGAACUGCGUCGAGUUGACUAACGGGUUUUGUUCGAACUCUGACACAUUCAAACAACUCGUUUAUAAUCACACAAUUUCUAAUCGAAAAUUCAUAUCACCUUGUGUUUCUUGAAUUCAAUAAGAA